GAGUCUUUCAAGGCGAGGCGGGGCCCUCCCUUUCCUCCCUCCCCUUCUCCGCGUUGGUUCCGCUCGCAGCAGGAUUUAGCCGCCGCCUGCCGUCGUCUCCGCUUGUGCCGCUUGCAGUGAGAGGCUCCUGGACGUUUUCUCUUUGCCUUAAAGUCGGGUGUCUUUUAUGAAUAAUCAAAAGCAGCAGAAGCCAACGCUAUCAGGCCAGCGUUUUAAAACUAGAAAAAGAGAUGAAAAAGAGAGGUUUGACCCUACUCAGUUUCAGGACUGUAUUAUUCAAGGUCUAACUGAAACUGGCAGUGACUUGGAAGCAGUAGCAAAGUUUCUUGAUGCUUCUGGAGCAAAACUUGACUAUCGCCGCUAUGCAGAGACACUCUUUGACAUUCUGGUGGCUGGUGGAAUGCUGGCCCCAGGUGGUACUCUGGCAGAUGACCUGAUGCGUACAGAUGUCUGUGUAUUUGCAGCACAAGAAGAUCUAGAAACCAUGCAAGCAUUUGCUCAGGUUUUUAACAAGCUAAUCAGGCGUUACAAAUACCUGGAAAAAGGCUUUGAAGAUGAAGUCAAAAAGCUGCUGCUGUUCCUAAAAGGUUUUUCAGAGUCUGAGCGGAACAAACUGGCCAUGUUGACAGGUAUUCUUUUGGCCAAUGGGACACUUAAUGCAUCAAUUCUCAACAGUCUCUAUAAUGAGAACUUGGUUAAAGAAGGUGUUUCUGCAGCUUUUGCAGUAAAGCUGUUCAAAUCAUGGAUAAAUGAGAAAGAUAUUAAUGCAGUGGCUGCUAGCCUUCGUAAAGUCAACAUGGACAACAGACUGAUGGAACUCUUUCCGGCUAACAAACAAAGCCUUGAACACUUCACAAAGUAUUUCACUGAUGCAGGACUAAAAGAACUUUCAGAAUAUGUUCGGAACCAACAAACCAUUGGAGCUCGUAAAGAGCUGCAGAAAGAACUUCAAGAGCAAAUGUCACGUGGAGAUCCAUUUAAGGAUAUAAUCUUGUAUGUCAAGGAGGAGAUGAAGAAAAAUAACAUCUCAGAACAGACUGUGAUCGGCAUAGUCUGGUCUAGUGUAAUGAGCACUGUGGAGUGGAACAAAAAAGAGGAGCUGGUAGCAGAACAAGCCAUCAAGCAUCUGAAGCAAUACAGCCCUCUGCUUGCUGCCUUUACUACCCAAGGUCAAUCUGAGCUGACUCUGUUACUGAAGAUUCAGGAGUACUGUUAUGACAACAUUCACUUCAUGAAAGCCUUCCAGAAAAUAGUGGUGCUCUUUUAUAAAGCUGAAGUUCUGAGUGAAGAACCCAUCUUGAAAUGGUAUAAAGAUGCACACCUUGCAAAAGGAAAGAGUGUUUUUCUGGAACAAAUGAAAAAGUUCGUGGAAUGGCUCAAGAAUGCUGAAGAAGAGUCUGAGUCAGAAACUGAAGAAGGUGACUGACUUGUGAAACUGUCCUCAGUAAAGCAAACAGGAGCUGUAGAUAAAUGUCAUGUCUUGUGUGUCCUUUUGGUUCUUACAUCCUACCUCCCUGUAUCAAGCAUGAUACAAGGGCUCUCAUGGCAAAUUUAUUUUAACUGUUUUCUAUAGUUAUUGAAGAUGCUGGUUUUAGUUUUUAAAACCAUGUUUUAAGUAGCUUACAGGAGCUAUAGAUUUGACUAACAUUGCAUUAGUCCUUUCAGUUAUAUUCUACCUCCUGUAUUUUCUACUGUAAUAAUGUAACUUAAGGCCUUCCACAAAAAUCAUUUUAUCUUGGGUUUUCUAUAUAAACAUUUACAAGCAGUCAUGAUUUGGUAAAUGAGAUUUGUUAUGGAAAUUCUGUUUGCAGAUUAAACCAUACAAGUAUCAACUCAAAAGGCCAUGGAGGGGGGAGGGUGUGAUUUGGCAUGAAACAUGAGAAAUUGUACUAACUGGUAUAGAAAGUCCACAUUAAUGGAAAUAACUUCUCCAUGCAAGUCUCUUGAUUUCACAAGCACUGACUUAUACAGGUAUGUAUUCUCAAAGUAAUACUCUAAACAAAAGUCUAGCCAAUACUUGAGGGCUGCCAAAAGAGCCUAAGAAUUUAAAUUUGUUGUUUCUGCACAAUGUUUAGCCCUGAUUUUUGCCAUUUGAGUGACCUGGUGGGUGAAAUUCUGUAGUAAAACUUUUUUUUUCCCCCUCACCAAGCAAAGGAAGCAGGCAUUCUGAGCCUACUGGCUAUCACAUGCCUGUUAUGUAUGUUUAAGACUAUUAAACUUGCCCUUGAAAGUUUUAA